ACCAGCAGGGUAUGAACAUGCAGAAUGAGUUCUUGGUAGAGAUAAUUUGGCCUUUUCAAAGCAUUUUGUUUAGGAUUCAUCGCAGGAGUGUUACUGUUGUUGUUAAGUGGAUGUUUGAAAAAAAUUAAGCUGUGGACAGUUACAUCUUCAAGUUGCAUCUUGAGUGGAAGACAGAAGAGCUUACAGUAAUUUAAGGUUUCCACUUGAGUGGCACAGUGACAGAGCCUGCAAUGCAAUCGGAGCCAGAAACUGUUUGCAAUGUAGCUAUCAGCUUUGAUCGUUGCAAGAUUACCUCAGUGACCUGCAGCUGUGGAAACAAGGACAUAUUUUACUGUGCCCACGUUGUGGCACUGUCUUUAUACCGGAUCCGCAAGCCAGAUCAGGUCAAACUGCAUCUUCCCAUUUCAGAGACACUCUUUCAAAUGAACAGAGACCAACUACAAAAAUUUGUACAGUAUUUGAUCACAGUGCACCACACAGAAGUUUUGCCAACUGCUCAAAAAUUAGCAGAUGAAAUUCUUUCUCAGAAUUCAGAAAUCAAUCAAGUCCAUGGUGCUCCAGAUCCAACAGCAGGUGCUAGCAUAGAUGAUGAAAACUGCUGGCAUUUAGAUGAAGAACAGGUCCAAGAACAGGUUAAACUCUUCCUCUCCCAAGGUGGAUACCAUGGAUCAGGGAAACAGCUCAAUUUGCUUUUUGCAAAGGUGCGAGAGAUGCUAAAGAUGAGAGAUUCCAACGGAGCUCGCAUGUUGACUUUGAUAACAGAACAGUUCAUGGCUGACCCUCGCCUGUCGCUUUGGAGGCAACAAGGAACUGCAAUGACUGACAAGUAUAGGCAGCUCUGGGAUGAACUGGGUGCUCUGUGGAUGUGUAUAGUCUUAAAUCCUCACUGCAAGUUGGAGCAGAAGGCCAGUUGGCUAAAACAGCUGAAAAAAUGGAACAGUGUGGAUGUUUGUCCCUGGGAAGAUGGAAACCAUGGAAACGAGCUGCCCAAUUUAACCAAUGCUUUGCCUCAGGGUGCAAAUGCUAACCAAGAUUCAUCGAACAGGCCGCACCGGACGGUGUUCACUCGAGCCAUCGAGGCGUGCGAUCUGCACUGGCAGGACAGCCACUUGCAGCACAUCAUCAGCAGCGACCUGUACACCAACUACUGUUACCAUGACAACGCAGAAAACUCGCUCUUUGACUCUCACGGGUGGCCCCUCUGGCAUGAACAUGUUCCUACAGCCUGCGCGAGGGUGGAUGCAUUACGAUCCCAUGGAUACCCAAGAGAAGCACUGAGGCUCGCAAUAGCUAUUGUGAACACGCUAAGGAGGCAGCAGCAGAAACAGCUGGAAAUGUUCCGGGCGCAGAAGAAAGAACUCCUGCACAAAGGAGUAACCUCAAUAACGAACCUCGAAGGCUGGGUGGGACACCCCCUGGACCCGAUCGGCACCCUCUUCAGCAGCCUCAUGGAAGCCUGCCGGGUGGACGACGAGAGCUUCCACGGGUUCGCAGACCUCGCGGAGAACAUGGGGCAAUGCAAAUCUCUGGAGUACCAGCACCUGCCUGCACAUAAGUUCUUAGAAGAAGGGGAAUCUUAUUUAACGCUGGCUGUGGAAGUAGCACUGAUAGGGCUGGGACAGCAACGAAUAAUGCCAGAUGGCUUGUAUGCACAAGAGAAGGUUUGUCGAAAUGAGGAGCAGCUCAUUUCUAAGCUACAGGAAAUUGAAUUGGAUGAUACUCUGGUGAAGAUUUUUCGAAAACAAGCAGUCUUCCUAUUAGAAGCUGGACCAUAUAGUGGUUUGGGUGAAGUCAUCCAUCGAGAGAGCGUUCCAAUGCACACAUUUGCCAAGUAUCUCUUCACCUCUCUCCUACCUCAUGAUGCUGAAUUGGCAUACAAAACUGCACUGAGAGCCAUGCGUUUGCUAGUAUUGGAAUCUACGGCUCCGUCGGGAGACAUGUCCCGCCCACACCACAUUGCGUCAGUCGUUCCAAACCGGUAUCCCCGCUGGUUCACCCUAAGUCACAUUGAAUCCCAGCAGUGUGAGCUGGCAUCAACCAUGCUAACAGCAGCCAAAGGUGAUGUUCGGAGGCUGGAAACAGUGUUAGAAUCCAUCCAGAAAAAUAUCCACUCCUCAUCACACAUCUUCAAACUCGCGCAGGAUGCAUUUAAAAUAGCAACACUCAUGGACAGCUUGCCGGACAUCACUCUUCUGAAAGUUUCUCUGGAGCUGGGCCUUCAGGUGAUGCGCAUGACGCUGUCAACGCUGAACUGGCGGCGGCGAGAAAUGGUGAGGUGGUUGGUAACAUGUGCAACAGAAGUAGGUGUUUAUGCACUGGACAGCAUCAUGCAAAGCUGGUUUACACUUUUCACUCCAACAGAAGCCACUAGUAUUGUUGCUACAACAGUGAUGUCCAACAGCACCAUUGUCCGCCUGCAUCUGGACUGCCAUCAGCAGGAGAAGCUGGCCGGCAGUGCAAGGACGCUUGCUCUACAGUGUGCCAUGAAGGAUCCUCAAAACUGUGCUCUCUCCGCACUGACCUUAUGUGAAAAGGAUCACAUAGCUUUUGAGACCGCCUACCAAAUCGUUCUCGAUGCUGCUACGACGGGCAUGAGCUACUCGCAGCUUUUCACUAUCGCACGAUACAUGGAGCACCGCGGUUACCCCAUGCGGGCCUACAAGCUGGCCACCUUGGCCAUGACGCAUCUCAACCUGAGCUACAAUCAGGACACGCACCCUGCCAUUAACGACGUUCUCUGGGCCUGCGCGCUCAGCCACUCCCUCGGGAAGAAUGAGCUAGCAGCUAUUAUACCUCUGGUGGUCAAGAGUGUCAAGUGUGCAACAGUACUGUCGGACAUCCUGCGCCGGUGCACUCUGACCACGCCGGGCAUGGUGGGGCUUCACGGAAGGAGGAACUCUGGUAAGCUCAUGUCACUGGACAAAGCGCCUUUGAGGCAACUCUUGGACGCCACGAUCGGGGCCUACAUUAACACGACGCAUUCGCGCCUCACUCACAUCAGCCCGCGGCACUAUAGCGAGUUCAUAGAGUUCCUCAGCAAGGCCCGAGAGACCUUCUUAAUGGCUCACGAUGGACACAUCCAGUUUACACAGUUCAUUGACAACCUAAAACAAAUCUACAAAGGCAAAAAGAAACUGAUGAUGUUGGUUCGCGAGCGGUUUGGUUGACGAAAAUGUGUGAAUGGGGGGGGCGGGUGGGGGGCGGGAGGGGUGGUUUGUUUUUACUUGAGCCUGCCUUUGUAUCCUUUUUAACUUAAAAAACAGAGCCACACCGGUAUUAUAUGUGUAUAGUUAUAUUGAGUUUGCAAACUAAACUGUCAUGUUGUGAAAGUUUGUGUGUUUAAUUUUUUUUUCCUUUUGUUUUUGUUUUUUUUUCUGUUUUGUAUGAGAGAGAGGUUAAAAAAGGUUUGGUUUACACUGAGUAUAUGUUGUCAAGUGGCAAAAGCCCACAUUGCUCUCCUGUUCUUUCUGUAUACGUUCACAGCCUCAAAAAAACAAAACAUAUAUUGCAAUGGCUUUAAAAAACCAAACAAAACACCUCCAUCCUGUGAUAAGUACCUCGAAUGGAUUCAGCUUUACUCCUUUGUAACUCAUCCUUACAUUUCAGCAUAUUUAAACAAACCAACAAAUGAAAUACUAAUAGUUAAAAGGCUGACCACGUGGCUUUGCAGUGCUGUUCAUCCAGAAGCAUGGCACACAAUGCUUGUGCAUGUGGAAACUUAGCGACUGUCAACAUACAUUCUCAGGGAUUUAUCAAAAAAAAUUAAAAAAAGAAUGAGAGCAUUUAUUGUACUGUAUA